AUGAGUUGGAGCUUCCUGACGCGCCUGUUAGAGGAGAUCCACAACCACUCCACGUUUGUGGGGAAGAUCUGGCUCACUGUGCUCAUUGUCUUCCGGAUUGUCCUUACAGCUGUAGGGGGAGAGUCCAUCUACUACGAUGAGCAGAGCAAAUUUGUGUGUAACACAGAGCAGCCAGGCUGCGAGAAUGUGUGCUACGAUGCCUUUGCACCCCUCUCCCAUGUGCGCUUCUGGGUGUUCCAGAUCAUCCUGGUGGCCACCCCCUCAGUAAUGUACCUGGGCUAUGCCAUUCAUAAGAUUGCCAAAAUGGAGCACGGCGAAGCAGACAAGAAGGCAGCUCGGAGCAAACCCUAUGCAGUGCGCUGGAAACAGCACAGGGCUCUGGAAGAGACGGAAGAGGACCAUGAAGAGGAUCCCAUGAUGUAUCCAGAAAUGGAGUUGGAAAGUGAAAAAGAAAACAAAGAGCAGAGCCAACCGAAACCCAAGCAUGAUGGCCGCCGAAGGAUUCGCGAGGAUGGGCUCAUGAAAAUCUAUGUGCUGCAGUUGCUGGCAAGGACGGUUUUUGAGGUGUGUUUUCUGAUAGGGCAAUAUUUCCUGUAUGGCUUCCAAGUCCACCCAUUUUAUGUGUGCAGUAGACUUCCUUGCCCUCAUAAGAUAGACUGCUUUAUUUCUAGGCCCACUGAAAAAACUAUCUUCCUCCUGAUAAUGUACGGCGUUACAGGCCUUUGCCUGCUGCUUAACAUUUGGGAGAUGCUUCAUUUAGGCUUUGGGACCAUUCGAGACACACUAAACAGUAAAAGGAGGGAACUUGAAGACCCGGGUGCUUAUAAUUAUCCUUUCACUUGGAAUACACCAUCUGCUCCCCCCGGCUAUAACAUUGCUGUCAAACCGGAUCAAAUUCAGUACACCGAAUUUUCCAAUGCUAAGAUUGCCUACAAGCAAAACAAAGCCAACAUUGCACAGGAGCAGCAGUAUGGCAGCCAUGAAGAGAACCUCCCAGCUGACUUGGAGACUCUGCAGCGGGAGAUCAGAAUGGCUCAGGAACGCUUGGAUCAAGCAAUCCAGGCCUACCAUCACCAAAACAAUCCCCAUGGUUCCCGGGUGAAAAAAGCCAAAGGGGGGUCCAAAGCUGGAUCCAACAAAAGCAGUGCUAGUAGCAAAUCGGGGGAUGGGAAGACCUCCGUCUGGAUUUAA